UUGCAUUGCACUCUGCAGAUUGGCCGGCAGGGUGGCAUCACUACGUAAGGGCAGCUGUAUAUUCUUAGUCCUGAUGAUACCAGGUAAUUAAUACGGCUUUCCUCUCUGCUAGCUUAGUCAUCCACACACAGCACAACACAAUGGCGCUCAGCGAGGUGAGCAAGGCCUUGCUCCAAGCCCAGGUCGAGCUGUGGAACCAGACCUUCAGCUUCAUGAAGUCGGUGGCACUUGCGGUUGCCUUGGACCUCCGUAUCGCCGACGCCAUCCACCACCACGGCGGCACUGCCACCCUCCCCCAGAUACUCGCUAGGAUUGGCAUUAGCCCGUGUAAGCUUGCUGGCCUCCGUCGCCUCAUGCGCGUUCUCACGGUCGCAGGAACCUUCACCACCAUCCAGCAACCGGAAGCCUCGUCAGGCGGGCACGAUGAGCUUGUUUACAAGCUUUCGACGGUCUCCCGCCUCCUCACGACGAGCGAUGAUGACGGUGAGACCUCGGCGAGCUGCUUGUCCCCUAUGCUGAGCCACGUGCUCAACCCUUUCCAUGACUCGGUGCUCAGCAUGGGCCUCACCGCGUGGUUUCGGCACGAUGAGGAGCCCGACAAGUGCCCAUAUGCCCUGAUGCGCGGCGCGACCGUGUGGGAGAUGUGCGGGAGCAGCGACGCGGUGAACGCGUCCAUCAACAAUGCCAUGGCCGCGGACAGCCGCUUCCUGAUGCGGAUGGUCAUGGAGGAGUGCGGCGGUAUCUUCCGCGGUAUCAACUCGCUGGUCGACGUCGCCGGUGGCGUCGGUGGAGCCGCCGCUGCCAUCGCCGCCGCGUUUCCAUCUUUGAAGUGCACGGUGCUGGAUCUCCCUCACGUUGUCGCCAAGGCUCCAUCUGUUAGCAACGUGCAGUUUAUCGCGGGCGACAUGUUUGAGAGCAUUCCAGCCGCUAAUGCCAUAUUCCUAAAGUACGUACUGCAUGACUGGGGAGAUGACAAGUGCAUCAAGUUAUUGAAGAACUGCAAGCAAGCUAUCCCUUCAAAAGAUGCAGGCGGAAAGGUAAUAAUCAUAGAUAUCGUGGUUGGAUCCAGCCCGUCAGAUGUUAAGCUUCUAGAGACGCAAGUUUUGUGUGAUCUCGAUAUCAUGAAAAUUGGUGGGGUUGAACGAGACGAGCAUGAGUGGAAGAAGAUAUUCCUUGCAGCUGGAUUCAGGGACUACAAUAUUAUGCCGCUUGGCCUCCGGUCGGUUAUCGAGCUCUAUCCAUGAAUGAUGCUCACUCUGUCUGCUAGAUAAAUAAAAGCAUAUGGCAUGUGAACGUAGUAGUUACUUUCUGUUGUACUACUAUAUAUUCCGUUUCAGAUUUUGAAUUCAGUCAGUUUGAAUAAUCUGUUCAGACAAAUUGUGAAAUUUUUUCAUGUCCCGCAAAGGAGCAUGACUGAUCAUUUGAGUCACUA